GAACAUUCCUUUCACAUUAUUUUUGUAAAAAAAAAAUUCUAAAGGUUAUAUAGGGAAUCUGAUUACAAAUGAUAUUCUUUACAUAUCUUAAUAUAACUUUCAUAUCAACGGUAAUGGCUCUGAUCUUUCAACACGGAUUCGCAAAAAGUAUGUAUGACCAAAAUAACGGUAAAAAUUUUUUAGAUGUCGAUGCAACAAAGCAAGAGAUGAAACUUAUACCACCUUUUUAUAAAAUAUAUAUUAACAAAGUUAAUAAACCCAGUGUAACAAAUGAAAUGGAUAUGGACGAUGGGAUAAAUAAUAAAGUGACCAGAUAUAACAAAAGAUUACUACAAAACAAUCAUGAAUAUCCGAUGGAAAAUAGAUUUAACUUUCGUCGAAAAAUGAAAAUAGAAUAUUUGUUCCCUAAUAUAGAAGAUUUUAAUAAUCAGCUUGAGUUUCAAAACUAUCAUCCAACCUUGGAAGGUAUAUUAGGUGGUUAUCAGUCUAUCGAUUAUAACUCUAAUAAAUUUAUAGAUAACAACUCUUACGGAUACCUAUCUGAUUACGAUAAGGAUUUCUUGUACGCUAAGCGAUUCCUUGCUGGCAGCUAUGGUGACCGGAAUAACUGGAAAAGGUAUAUAAAGAGAAUCCCUGAAAAUUCUUUGAAUGAUAAACAAAAUUUGUGGUCUUUUAUGAGCCCAGUUAAUACCAUAAUGGAUUUGGGACAACUACCAAUCGAUUCUAGUAACAUUCAUAAUGAUAGAAACGACAACAGGGUCAAGGGGACUUGAAAAAAAUAUUUAAAAAGGUUUACAAUUAUAACAAUAUGCCCAUAUAAUUGUCUCUAUCAUUUUUGCAGUUGUAGAUUUUUUUUUAUAUCUAAAAUUUAAUUAAUGUUUAAACAUUCUUUUGUUAAUAUAAUUUUAUGUCAAAAAAUCCUUUUGUUGUCAUGUAAAUAUUGGCAUAUUUUAUGGAACAUCAUUUUUUUUAUAUAAAGAAAAUAAUUUAUAA